AUGACGACCUCCUUCGAGGAGAUUUUUAACAACUCUGUAUUGGAUGUGGUCACUCCCGAAGCAUCUUUGGGCUUUCCGUGUCAAGAUGAUUCCGCUAGCUGGGCAGACUGGGUUGGACAACUCGAAGCGGAGAGCAUGGAUCGAAAGAUGGCCUUCUUUGACGAGAACUUGGAGGUCCUUCUAACGCUACGUUUUGAACAUUUCGCGACGGACACGGAAGAUACGUCGAAGCCACCCGCAGAGUUGCUGUCCUACCUAGCACACCUGCAAAUCUCGUAUGAAGCGUCGUAUAUCACUUCUAUACCACACGCAACCUCUCCGUUGCUUGCAGAUGCUCGCCCGCCUGUGCCUCCACGCUCGCAUUCUAUGCCGGGGCGCAACAAGCCGAGUCCUCUUGCUCCACUUCAACCAUCGCUUGCUCCGCCGCAUCCGUCCAUAUUCCCGCCGCACACCCCACAUCCCAUACCUUCGACAACGGAGUCAGAUCGACAGUAUGUCCAGGCCCAAGGCACACUACUUCGUGCUGGUACUUGGGGUGACGGCUCAGCUGUUCCAGACUCCGAGGCCUUUGCGCUCGUGUGGUCUAAGCUGCUGGGCUGCUGGAUUGCCGUCUUCAAGAUAGUGGUGCAAAUUGCCUUUAUACCCACCAAAGUUGCCGAUCCUCUCCUGUGCUUGACCGUCUCCACCACGCUUCGUGAGAAGCCUGUACCUGUAACAUCUGCCAGGAAGACCCUAACGACUCUCAUCGAGGCCUCUGGCGAGCUUGAUGUCCGCGAUCCUACGACUCCUCUUGUCAAGUCACCAGGCGAAGACAUGGAUCUCUUGCAUGGAUUAGAGGAAGCGAAUCUGUUGGAUGGCUUAAGCGGAUCAACUUUUGCAGAUGCAUCUCUGAUGCUGCCAUCCUCGCGUGUUGGGGAUGCCGUCCGCAAGCAAGCGUUUGGCAUUCUCACAACUGAGGAGACGCUAACAUCCCCUCUGAUGACCACCCCCGCCACACAUCGUCCUCAGCAUCCUACCUUGCGCAAGUCUUUCCGGAAGACGCUCCGCACCGUGUCUGGUUUCCGUGUGCGCAUGCGAACGGUUUUCGUUCCGUACUUCAUGCUCCCUCAGCCGGACAAGGGGCCACACAGGAGGCGUCGUGGCAUCACAUCGGGCAAGGAUGACGACAGCGACAGCAGUGAUCGCGAUCUGCUCGAUGUUCAUGAGCGCGAGUUAUUGGAGGCCGGAAGCGAAGAGCACACUGUCGUUCUGUGUGUUGAGGUUGAGAACGGCGGAGAAUCUACGGCUGGGUUUUCCGUGGAGAAUGUCAAGGUCACCGUUGGUGGCGAGGGUGCGCAGACGCGUCUCAUCGGCUGGGGCGAGACUGGGCUCCUUCAGUCCGACCUAGUUUUUCCGCUGCUAAUUGGCCCUUUUGAGCAGUACAACUUGCUCUACGCUGUCACAUUCACUCGGUCACCCGAAGUCGACGAGUUCUCUCUAGCUAGGGGGCGCGGCCUACCUAGCGUACCGGCAAUACAGGACAUGCAGCGGACGGUUGUUAUCAUUAUCAGUGGGAGGCCGUACGAGGUCAUAUCGGAGACACGGCUGGUUAGUGCGCCUCUCAAGCUCGAAGAGCUCGUAUAUCCCACAGCGACCUUCCCUUCCCGCUGGAACUGCAUUCUUGACCUAUCACCCCAAACCAACAAUCGGCGUGCAAGCACCGUUCCUGGAGGUCACUCGCACCACGAAGCGAUGCCCACUCCAGCAUCUCCAUUCCCUGGCGCCGUCACUAGCUCACGGCCUAGUUCCGUGGCCGUUCAACAAGGUGGCAUAAUUAGGCUUGGUACUCCUGGAUCCACCAAGGCGCCUGCGCCUGCCGUCGCUGGUAGCAAGAGAUUCACGCCCAGCGUGAUGGAUGCUCAGGCGAAUACCACUGAGAGCUACAUUGACUUGGGAAAAUCUCGCAUGCUCAAAUCGCCUGUUGACUAUCGUUCAGGGACAUCCUUGCUCAACCCUGCAAACCAGCGCGAUCCGUAUGCUCAGUCGGGUUCGGGCCUCGCACAGUCUCUGCCAACGACGCCUGUUAUUGGCCAGCCGUCGCUGAAUCUCCUGACAAGACCCGGUUCGUAUCUACCACCUUCCGCUACGAUGAAGAACUUCGCUCGUACUCCAACAACAACUUAUGGGCCGCUGAGCCCUCCCCUCCCCUCGGUUCCGCGGGCGCACUCUUACGGGCACGUCGCAGACGACAGCAUCAGCUCACAGAUCGCGGACAUCAUCCCACCAACACCGGCAUACCCAGCCUUCCCGAUGUCGCCUCCGCCUUCAUCUCCACACUGGCAGGGCCCCAUCGCGAACAUGCAGUCUGGCGCCGUGGGUCCCAGCGUCGAGAUCCGCCGCGAGAAGGGGCCAAAUGCAGCCGGCGUUCCGCGCACGCCGGGCCCAACGGUGAGUGCCGCGGGCGGGUUCGUGCAGAUGCAGACUCAGGGCGAGACGCUGCGCGACGUUGUGGCGGGCGACGGGCCUGGGGAGCCCAUCGUCGUGAGCGUCGGCAUGCUGUGCGACGGCGAGGGUGACGGCGCCGCGACGGGCAUCGGCAAGAUUUACCCGCUCGACCGGUUCACGCUCGACAUCUUCGUGUUCAACCGGUCGUCGUGGACGAGGCGCUUCGAGGUCAGCUAUCCCGAUCGGAGGAAGCAGCGGAGGGAGAAGAUGUACCUCGAGGCGGCUGCGGGCGUUGACAGCAAGACCGGUGGUGGCGGGGAUGCGCCCGGUAUUGUACCGUUGGCGAACCGAGUCAGGAUUGGUCCUCUGUUGCCCUCGACGUGCCAAUCGGUCAGAAUGGAUUUUCUGGCGAUGACACCUGGAGUACACUCGGUAGACACCCUCACGCUUACUGACGUCCAGAGUGGAUUCUCUAUGAACCUAAGGUCUGUUAUAGAUAUUGUGGUACACGAACCCGAGCACUCACAAGAGGCGAAUGGGCCGAGCACGGCAGCCAUCGCAGUAGCUUAA